CCGGCGUGACUUUCAGCCUGAGAUCAACUUCCACAGCUCAUCGGUGGGAACCGGACAGCUUUAGCCUCAAAUAAAAAUGCGGUUAUUGAAAGCAGGCCUCGUUCUAAAUCGGCUCAAUCUGCAAAAUCCAGCAAAUGUGAAAGUGAAGCAGGUGCUGAUGAACAUUUGCCGGCCAUGCUCAUCUGCAAUCGCCCCAAAUGAAAGGAUCCGCAACAUCGGAAUCUCUGCACACAUAGACUCUGGCAAGACGACGCUAACGGAGCGUGUGCUCUACUACACUGGUAGAAUAUCAGAGAUGCAUGAAGUAAAGGGCAAAGAUGGAGUCGGUGCUGUCAUGGACUCUAUGGAGCUGGAGAGGCAGCGGGGAAUCACCAUCCAAUCUGCAGCCACGUACACAAUGUGGAAUCAGUACAAUAUCAAUAUCAUCGACACGCCAGGCCAUGUUGACUUCACUAUCGAGGUGGAGAGGGCGCUGCGGGUUCUGGACGGGGCUGUGCUGGUCCUGUGUGCUGUCGGAGGAGUGCAGUGUCAGACCAUGACCGUCAACAGGCAGAUGAAGCGCUAUAAUGUGCCCUUCCUCACCUUCAUCAACAAGCUUGACCGCAUGGGAGCGAACCCUUAUCGAGCACUGAAGCAACUCCGGACCAAACUGAAUCAUAACGCAGCAUUUGUCAACAUCCCCAUCGGACUGGAGGGAGACCUGCGAGGAAUCAUUGACCUUAUUGAGGAACGCAGCAUCUACUUUGAAGGUCCUUGUGGCCAGAACAUUCGUUUUGAUGAGAUCCCAGUCGAUAUGCGGGCGGAGGCAGCCGAGCGCAGGGAAGAGCUGGUGGAGUGUGUAGCCAAUGCCGAUGAAACGCUGGGAGAGAUGUUUCUGGAAGAGAGGGUUCCCACUGUUGGUGAUCUUAAGGCGGCUGUGCGCAGAGCCACUAUUCAGCGCUCCUUCUCUCCAGUGUUGGUGGGCAGUGCUUUGAAAAACAAAGGUGUUCAGCCCCUGCUGGAUGCUGUGCUUGAUUACCUGCCUAACCCCAGUGAAGUCAACAACUAUGCCAUCCUCAACGAAGAGGAAUCGAAUAAUAGCAAUAAGAUCCUGAUGGAUUCAACCCGAGAUGCCACGAAGCCUUUUGUAGGUUUGGCCUUCAAACUAGAGGCUGGACGUUUUGGACAGCUGACCUAUGUGCGUGUAUAUCAGGGUUGUCUAAAGAAGGGCGAGUACAUUUACAACACGCGCACAACCAAGAGGGUUCGUGUGCAGAGGCUGGUGCGCCUCCAUGCAGACCAGAUGGAGGAUGUAGAGGAAGUGUAUGCAGGUGACAUCUGUGCCCUGUUCGGGAUCGACUGUGCCAGCGGAGACACCUUUACAGCUCGCGCAAGUUCUAACCUUUCUAUGGAGUCCAUUCAUAUCCCCGAGCCAGUCAUCUCGAUGGCUAUAAAACCAGCCAAUAAAAACGACACGGAUAAGUUCUCCAAAGGCAUCAACCGCUUCACCAGAGAGGACCCCACUUUCAGGGUACAUUUUGAAACGGAGAGCAAGGAAACCAUUAUCUCAGGCAUGGGAGAGUUGCACCUGGAGAUCUAUUCCCAGAGAAUGGAAAGGGAGUAUAACUGCCCAUGUGUGAUGGGGAAACCUAAAGUGGCCUUCAGGGAGACAGUGACCAGCUCCGUGCCAUUUGACUUCACUCACAAGAAGCAGUCUGGGGGAUCUGGGCAGUAUGGUAAAGUGGUGGGAGUACUGGAACCUUUGGAUGCAGAAAAUUACACCAAGGUUGAAUUUGAAGACCAGACCGUUGGCACCAACGUACCCAAACAGUUUGUACCUGCUGUUGAAAAGGGUUUCAGGGAGGCGUGUGAGAAGGGGCCUCUGACAGGACAUAAGGUAUCUGGUGUGCGAUUUGUAUUGGACGACGGAGCGCAUCACAUGGUGGAUUCCAAUGAAAUCUCGUUUAUCCGAGCAGGAGAGGGCGCUAUGAAACAGGCAAUGGAAAAUGCUAGUGUGGUGAUUCUUGAGCCCAUCAUGUCUGUGGAGAUCGUUGCACCCAACGAAUUCCAGGGAACCAUCAUCGCCGGGGUCAACCGUCGUCACGGCGUCAUCACUGGCCAAGAUGGGUCUGAGGGCUACUUCACGCUGUAUGCUGAUAUUCCGCUCAAUGACAUGUUUGGUUAUUCCACUGAGCUGCGUUCUUGCACUGAGGGGAAAGGAGAGUACACUAUGGAGUACAGCAGAUAUCAGCCUUGCCUGCCUUCUGUGCAAGAGGAUCUUGUUAAUAAGUACCUGGAGGCAACAGGACAGUUGCCUGCAAAGAAGGGCAAAUGGAAGAACUGAGCCACACACGCAUACUUCAUUAGAUGGUCAUUUAAGUAAUUUGUAUAUAUACACAAUUUUAAUUUGUUCACAUUCCACAGAGCAAUGCUUUUAUGGACAUGGUCUGAACUCCGAGGAUGGCUUUGAGUAUGUAUCGUGGAUCCUUUUGUACCGUGUACAAUAUGAGGAAUAUAAUAAUCGGGGGGAAAAACAAA